AGUCCGAUAAUGAUAAUUACAUUGAAUAUUUACAAUAUCUAGCUUCACAGCCCUUUGAAUCAGGUUACUCUUUUGAAGAAUUUACUAACCCCUUCGCAAUGGAAGCUGGUGGGAGCAAGAAGGAUGAGGAGGAUGCUGAUGCUACAAAUAUUAUUGCCGUCGGGACAAUAGAAUCUAAACCCGAAUGGCUGAUGGAAUACCCACAACUCAAACAAUUAUCUGAACACAUAUAUUCUCAAUUAACAUUAAGGAUGCAAAGAUAAUAACUGUCUCCAACUAAAAUAACUACUGCAUGAGCUGAUAGCUGACAUGACAGUGCUCGGAUUGUCAGCAACACUACAAUUGCAUUGAAGAUAAAAAAUAAAUUGCUUCAACAAACACAAAAUGCAGGUAAAAUAGGCACAGACCUUUUAUUUCUUUCAGAUUCUUUAUGUGACAAAACUCAUAAAAUGGCCAUAUUUCAAUGUCAGUAAAUAUACCUGAAUCUCUUGAAACUGUCAUCUAAAAUGCACCAAGAUCAAUCAAGAUUUUUCCAAAAGCAAUUCAGUAUACUCUUCAAUUUAUUAGUUAGUGAAAAUAAUAUAACUGUGAUAUACAGUAGAAUUUGGUAUAAAAAUGACUUUCAUAUAGAAAAUAUAUUAUGAUCAAUCAUCAUGUUUAUAUCUUAAAUGAUUAUAUGGCGGCUGAUGGAGUAGAAAUAUAUAUAAUGCACUAUUACUAACCAUGUUCACCUGCCAAAUGAUUAGAUUAAUGGACUAAUAUAAAUGCAUUAAAAACAAAUAUAAAACAGACAAACAAAUAUCCCUACUGCAUUAUGAAGCGAGGAGCAAUUAUAUUAAAUCAAAUUUAAAACACUAAGAUCGUAGAUGCUUAGGAUGGUAAGGACAUAAGAAAACAAUAGCAAGUACCAAAAACUGCAUCUGGAGAAGAUUGCGUGCAUAUUUGCUCCUAGAGGGGAAUCAAUUCCAUAGACCCACAUGGGAAUCCUUUAACCAAUCCAUAUGAUUGUGGCAAUGAUGAAUAGAUCAUUAGAACUAGUUUUAUUUUCUUUGAUGUAAAUCUGAACCAGUUCAGUUUUGUAAGAACAAUUCAGAGUAGAUCUAGUGGUUGUGUGAAGGUAGAUUUUCUGCAAUUAUGAGCAAUAAUGCCAAUAAAAUAUUGCAUUUGUUAAUAAAAGAAACGCAAAAAGGUAGUUGAAUUGUGUCUCCCAGCUCCUAUAAAUUCUCAUACAACUGAAGCAUCAUGGCACAAUCAUAGUCCUUACCUCCAUCAGCAUUAGUCUGAGCCACCACGAGAAGCAUGGAUUCGAAGAGGCCCAACAAGAUCACAGAGGUGGUGAGGCUCCAACAGAUGCUGAAGAAAUGGAAGAAGCUGACAGUUUCUCCCACUGGCAGCAGCUGCAGUAGCAGACAGAAAAGCAUCAAAUUCCUGAAGAGGAACCUCUCCUUCUCCAGCAGCGGCAACAGCAACAUAAUGAGAGGGUGCAUUGCUGUGUGUGUGGGAGAGGAGAUGCAGAGGUUUGUGAUCCCAACUGAAUAUUUGAGCCACAGGGCGUUUGAGAUUCUGCUGAGGGAAGCAGAGGAUGAGUUUGGGUUUGAGCAGGAAGGUGUACUGAGAAUUCCAUGUAAGGUAUCUGUGUUUGAGAGCAUAGUGAGGGUUGUAGAGGAGAAUAAAGAAGAGUUUUGCUACUAAUGUGCAAUAGGAAACCUAUCUUCUUGUUUCUGUGAUAAGAAUGUGGAUGCAAGGUGAGGGAUGACACUUCUCCCCCCAAAAAUCUAUGUUCUAGUCCUGUGUUUUCUUUCUUUAUUUCUGAUUAUGAGUGGACUUGGAAAAUUGCAAUCUUUCGACAUACUUCUAAUUUAUAAAUCUUUCUUCUCUAUUAUACAAAGAACACUGCAUGAGCAAUGAAACAACUGAGGAAAUAUUCUCCAAUAGCUACAAAAAUCUCAAAAUCUUCAAUGUGUCUUCUAAAUAUAAAAUAAAUUAUGAAUCCCAAUCUUAUGUGUUUUGAAAACCUAUUGAAACUACAACAAGAAUUCCAACUAGCACUAUUGACUGAACUCUUUCAACCUUUACCUUAUCCUCUUGACCUUUAUAUGACCUUCUAUAGACUGGGUAUUGAUUUUGAAUUAGAGU